AUGGCAAACAAGAAGAAGAACAAGAAGAACAAGAAGAACAAGAAGAAGAAUCCCAUUUCCAACACACCACCAUCACCACAAUCAACGGUGAAACCUACUUCUGACUCACAGCAAUCAACGGUGAGCCCUCCAUCACCUCUAUCACCACGACCACCACUGCCACCUGUGUUCUUCAGGAAUACCGUCCUCAUCAAGAGUAAUAACAUGUCUUAUAAAAUGAAAUAUGAGGCUUUUGAUAUUGUCGACAAUGCGUUUAAGAAACACUUAUUGAAGGACAAGGAGGCUGCUGAGGAGAUAAAGAAAGAGUUUGAUAAAAGACAUGGCCCCCAUUGGCAUUGUAUCAUUGGUGCUAGCUAUGGCUUAUAUAUAAAUUACAGGCCAAAAUGCCACAUUUUUUUCUAUAUGAGUCUGAGAUCGAUUUUACUUUUUAAAUACGGAUAG